GAAAGAAACGGCGGCGUUCCCCCCACCCGGGGCCCCGUGCGUAGAGGCGCGCCGCGUCGUCCGCGUAAUCGCGCGCAGUCCGAGCCCGCGGCAUCUCGGGGACGGAGGGAGGUCCAGGUCGAGCCGCGCCGGCAGGUGCGCAAUCCAGCCCAGGACACAACGCCUGCGCCAUGGUCCAGAUGCAGCAACAGCAGCAGCAGCAGCAGCAACAGCAAAAGCAGCAACAGCAACAACAGCAGCAUGGUGUCUCCUUCGAAGCAGAUGGUGGCAUCAGGAACCCAGCCUGCCAGGAUGAGGACUCGCCAAUGGAGAGCAGGGCGAGAACCAAUCAGGUACAGUCGCAACAACAACAGCAGCAGCAUCUACUGCCUUCCAAGAAGAUCGACGAGUCCUGCAAAAUUCACGAGAAGAGGCAGGAAUUGCAGGAAGCAAUGACCCUGUGCCGGACACGGGUGCCAUGGCUCUUCUCCGGCAACCUCUUCAUCGGCCUCCUAGCAAUAUACAAACUAGAUAGAGGAAGAGAAGAAACGGCUUGGGGAGAGUAA